AUGAGGAAGAGGAGGGCCUUCGCCGACAAGGAGCUGGAGUCCAUCAUGCUGGAGCGCGAGUACAAGGAACGCGACCUUCUUCUCGAAUCUUCUUCCGGACCGCUUCUUUUCCGGCGCCACGCCGCCGAGUUCAACGCCUACAAGGCGUCCUAUUCGCCGUCGGUUGCCGUGGAAACGGCGGGGAAGGACCUGUGUGGUGGCGGCGGCGGUGGGGGCGGUGGUUUCCUGGACGUUUCCAUGAUGGCGUUCCCGUCGGGAGGCGUGGAGCUGAUUUCGUCCAACGUGAGCGUUGCCACGGCGACCUACCGCCGUGGCAACGGUGGUGGUGGUGGGGGGGGAGGAGUGGGCGGCGGCUUCGUGGUGUGGCCCAGAGGCCCCGCCCACCUGGGCGACGCCCUCCUCUACCAGAAGUGCCUGUUCAACGCCACGGCCGUCCAGAACCUGAAGCCGCACGGCGCCGUUUGGGAGCCAAAAGGAACGCCGGAGGGAUCCCGGGAAUCUCGGGAAUACCGGGAAUACCGGGAAUCACCGGACCCCCAAAGGGCAGAUUCAAACCAGAACCAGAACCAGAACCCGAAACAACACGGGCUCUCUCAGAGGGAGGGCUCCGCCUUCUCUCCUCCAAAGAGGAGCUUCGGACACUCGUUCCAGAAUUCCCGUUCCCAAAAUGGACCCAAUUCCCAUUCCCAAGACGGGCCCCAUUCCCAUUCCAAAGAUGAGCCCCAUUCCCAAAUUGGCGCCCAUUCCCAAGAUGGGCACCAUUCCCAAAUCGAGCCCCAUUCCCAAAUUGGCGCCCACUCCCAAAAUGGCCCCCAUUCCCAUUCCAAAGAUGAGCCCCAUUCCCAAAUUGGCGCCCAUUCCAAAAAUGGCCCCCAUUCCCAAAACGACGGGCCCCAUUCCCAUUCCCAAAAUGGCCCCCAUUCCCAUUCCCAAGACGGGCCCCAUUCCCAAAUCGGGCCCCAUUCCCAAACAUCCUCCGGCCCCCUCCCGAACAAGCCGAGCAGGGACGGGAAAAGGAAACUCGGCUCCUUCCAGUCUCUCAUCCAGAACUCGCUUAACGAGAAAAACAACAAUAAUAACAACAAUAACAACAACAAUGGCGGCGGAUUGGCGCCGGAAAACCGGGCGCCGUGCUGCAAAGAGCUCCUGGAAGAGGCCGCCCGGAAGUUCGGGAAGGAAAGGUUCGGGAAGGACUUUCCCACCAAGCCCGUAGGGACCAAGAUGGCCCUGGGCGAGUCCCUUUCCUUCUCCGUGGAGGCCAUUUUGAAACGGUCCCCGCCCGCCAUGAGCCGAGCAUUCCACUAA